AUGGACACGCAGCUUCCCGUGUUCUCGGGCACAUUGAAAGUCCACGCAUGCCACUUCUUCUGGACAAAGACACCCGUCCAGUUGACAUACCAUCGCCAGGAUUAUCGCCAUGCCCUGCCCGUGCUGCUGAUCCGACGACCAGGCAUUCUCGGCGGUGAGUUUCGCGUUCCUCUCGAUCCAUGCAUCCACCCCGUGCGCCUAUUGCCAACGACCAAGCGAACGGCAUCUAAACUGGAAUUCGCGCUCGAGUACGGAUGGCACACCAAGCAGGUUCGUCUACGAGCACCUGACGCCCACAUGUAUCGACAAUGGACAAGUCUCGUGAGGGCAGCACUUGAGUCGGGACGCAGGCCUCUUGUCAGCUGUGACUACACGACCACAGCUGAGCAACCAAAGCCAGACUUUGAGUGCUCCAGCCUGGCGUCAACGAUGAACAGUAGCAGCAACGGCACUUCAAGAUUCAACGCCACUAUCCGACAGAGAGUAAUCGAGGACGAACAAGAUGUCCAUCUGCACCUUGAUAAUGACUUUGAACGCCGCUGGCAUACGCCCAGCGAGUUCUUUGUACUGCAUCAAGCCGAUUACCAGCCAGACACUACAAGCUCCAGUGAUCAAGACCUCGACGUGCAUCAACGUAGCUGGUCCCUCUCUCUUUGUAGCAUUGCAGCCGUUGGAAGCUGCAGCAGUGAUGAUUUUCGACAAGAUGGCCAGCCUGCGAAAGUCAAGAGGCGCUUCUGGCAUUCACUGCGAGCGUAUAUCAACAUCCGCAUCGAUUGGCCGGCAAUCACCCAUGAACUUUACCUCCAAGCCAGCGUCUUCUACUUCAACGUCAUGUAG